AUGAUCACUAAGCUCAAGAAGCAGCAAAAGAAGGCUCUGAGCUCAAAAGGCAGCUCGCAUUUCACGUCCAGCGCUGACCCAGCGAUAACGAUAGAGGGGAUGCCGAUAUUUCUGCGAUAUCAGCGGUAUCUCGAUGAUCUGUACCGCUAUGUCUCUCCUAUCGGUACCGUGAACGGAAUGGAGGGUGUAGAUUAUGUUUUGGGAGAGCGGUCACUACUGGAGGUCUACAUGAUUACGAUUAGUGGACACAGCGAUACGGAUGGGUAUGACCUGACGGGGUGGUGCGACAGCAGUGGCGAAGCUGUUGGUGAUCGAAAUAAGAUGCGGCUACAUGUUCUUUCUCUUUCCGAAAGUUUGGAGAGUGGUGCACACGUGUGCGACAGCACAAUCAAUAUCGAUGUUAGUGAACUGACUACAAGUUCGCAGACAAGAUGUGGCAACAUCCUACCGGAUUGGUUAGCGGAUACGCUAAAUCAGCUCGCGACGCCCGACAAUAGAUUAUCUGGAGACCUGGCUGCAGCAAGUGACCACACAAAACGUGCAGAGUGCAAGCACGAGUGUAGCACGGAGCGCACCUAUCCUGUUCGGUGUACGAUUGGUCAAAAAGAAGGCGGUAUCUGA